AUGAGGUCCACCGACGAGGCACCCGCUCAAAUCACCUCCACCGAGGAGAAGCAGAACCAAGAUCAAACUUCCUCUGAACCCAAUCCAAAGGAAAUCAAAGAUCAAGCCGACCAACUUAUCGCGGAAGGUAAAAAAGCUAUAGCUCUCAAACAAUGGGAGGAAGGUGUCAACAAGUACGGGGAAGCAUUAGAUCUCAUGCGUCAGCUCGUAGGCGAAACCGAUCCUUCCAUGGCACCAUUACUCCUAAGUUACGGUAAAGCAUUGUACGAACUUGCUUUCUCUCAACAAGGCGUGAUGGGUAAAGAUGAAGGUUCAAAAGAAGCUGAUGAAGCAGUUCGACAAGGAGCUCUGGAAGAAGCACCAGCUAAAAACGGUAACUUCGUAUUCUCAGCAGAUCCCACUUCUGAUGACGAUGAUGAGGAUGAUCAAGAAGUUCCCGCUGGAUCAGAAGCCGGUCCAUCAACAUCAACAUCUGUACCUGCGACUACGACUCCAGCUGAAGGAGAAGAAGGAGGAGAGAAUGAAGGCAAUGACGAACCUGAAGAUGAUUAUAAUGCAGCUUGGGAAGUGUUAGAUGUUGCUAGAACAAUCUACGCCAAGAUAGUAGAAGACAAAGCAGAUGGUGACGAAGGUAGAGACGAGAAAUUGAAUUUGGCAGAUUGUUAUUUAGCUUUAGGAGAUGUUAGUUGUGAGACAGAGAAUUUCCCACAAGCAGUACAAGAUUAUACAUCAGCAUUAUCACUUCAAUCCGCUUUACUUCCAUCCUCAUCAAGACAAUUAGCAUCAACACAUUAUCAGUUAGCUACUGUACUUGAAUUCACACCCGAUCGUCGAUCUGACGCUUUGGAUCACGUCGAAAAAGCUCUCAGUGCGUUCAAAGAACGUUUAACUCAAUUGGAAUCUUCGGAUCCUGAUUCUGAGGAAGUCAAGAAAUUGAGUGACAAAGAAAAAGAGAAUGAAGUGAAAGAUGUCAAAAACUUGAUUGAAGAUUUACGAGUUAAAAUUGAUGAGCUGAAAAUUACUUCUACGACUCAAACAAAUGAUAUAAUCUCAAAAUCAAUUGAUCAUCUAUGGGGUGGUCAAUCAUCAGAUCAACCUUUAUCUUCUGCUCCUGAUAAUGCUCCUGUAAAUGAUCUGACUUCAAUGGUUAGAAAGAAGAAACCAAAGACUAUCCCCACAGCCGCUCAAGCUAGUAAAGCCGUCGAAGAAGUUAAGAAAGUAGUAGGCGAAAUGGUCCAAAACGCUCAACAAACUUCUGAACCUAUAAUUGAAGCUGGUAAAGAACAGCUUACAAAUGUAGCUGAAUUAGUACAGCAAAAAGCAGGUGAAGUAGCUUCGAGCGCAGGCGAAUCACUUCAAAGUGCAGGUGAAGGUUUGAAGAGAGAGGGUGAACAAGACGAACAAGAAGAAAGGAAAAGUAAGAAAGCUAAAACCGAAUAA